AUGUCCCGUUUGAAACUGAUGAAAGGUACCGCUCUCGCUAGUGAUAUUUAUGAUGGCGCGUUUGAUGUGACGGAUAAUGAGCUGCUUGGCAUCAAAGAAUUGGCACCAGCAGACCUGAAGAAGCGUGUCGCCGAGAAGCUCGCCUACAGUAAAGUGUUUGUUAACAUCGGCCUAACACAUUACGACGAGAUCUACAUGAGUGAGCCAGAUCGCAUGUUGCAAAACUUGAUUGGCCCACCGUUACUCCGUGCUCCAGUUUGA